AUGUUCAGUUUCUUAUUGACUUCUCAUGCUAUGUCCAAAGUGAUAGGAGCUCCUGGAUCUUUCUCAGAUCAGGUUGAGUCAAAACUCGAGUUAACAUUCACUCCUGUUGAAAACUACGAUUCAAUUGUUAUUUUCCCAACACCAGAAAAGUUUUCUAUCAACAAUCAGGCUCUCAAGCGUGUUUACUACAAUCCAGAAACAUUAGUUAUUGAAUCCGAGAACAAUGUCUUAGAUUAUUCCGUAAUUCUCCUUAAAAAGGGUUAUUGCACCACAUUAGAUUUUAUUCUCAACAAGUAUGAGAAUGAUACUGUAUCUUUAUCUAUCAAUGCAUAUGAUUACAAGUCAAAACACUUAUGCUUUGUUUUCGCAAAUGCUCAUGAAACAAAGUCUGUUGUUUAUGGCAACAACGAUCAACUUAAUGGCAAGAUUUAUGCAUACGAUAACUAUAUCCUCAAUGGAUCUUCAUAUCAUGAAUGGAAUAAGAAUACAAAUCUUGAAUUAACAUACACAACCUUAAUGAUUGACUUCACAACAGAAUCAAAUGAAUACAACUAUUUUGGUAUCAAUAAAGAAAAGAAUGCAACAACUUCAGAUAGAUAUCAUAUUCCAAAUUUCGAAACAAUGUUAAAGGGAACUGUCAUUCUCCCUGAAAUCAAAGACUUCAAGUACGGUAUGUAUGAUGUAAAACUUAAUGACUCAUAUGUCUUAUAUGUUCCAGCAAAAUCUUACAUGAUCAUGCUUCAAUAUGAUACAUACACAAUUCAAGCAUUCUCCGGAAAUCAAAACCACGAGGAAAAGCAUUCAGACCUUGAACGAAGCGUUGCCUGGUCAUUUGCCAAUAAUUCAUACAUCAGAAUUAAGGGACAAACAAACUUUAAGUUCAUGUUUGUUAAGCAUCCAGAAGAAAUGAAGUGCACAGAAUAUAUUACAAUUCUUGGCAAAAUGGACUACAAGGUCAAAGGAAAGAAAGGAGAACAAUUCUGUGUUUACGCUGCAACAUAUGAUGGAAAGAUCAAAGUUGAAGAUAGUAAGGUCGCAACAUACUUUGAUGAAAAUGGAAACAAUUUGAAAGAGAACAAAUAUUCUUAUGAUAACAUUGCUAUUGUUCAUAUUGACAAUACUAAGUCAAGUUCAAGUGUCAAGUUUGAAGUUGGUGGCUCAACAGUUACUCCUUAUGUAAUUCGUAAUACAAAAACAUAUAACAAAUAUCAUAUUUUCGCGAUAUCAGAAACAAGUACAGGCAGCUUAAACAGUGAAGAUAGAGAUGAAAAUGAUCACAGCUUGACAUAUGUUGUUCUAAUCUGGGUUGCUAUUGGUGUCGGCAUAUUAAUUGUUAUUGCCGUUGCCAUCUUCCUCGUCAAGAAAUUUGUCAUCGACAGAAGAAAGAAUACUAAUAAGACAGGUACUGGGUGA